AUGUUCGCCCAGCUCGCCCUCCUUGCCCUCCCCCUCCUCGCCGCCGUCAAGGCCGACGUGACCGACUGCUCGCGUUCCGCGACCGUCGUUGACGGCGACACCUGCGACGCCAUCUCCGCCACCUACGGUGUCUCGACCUUCCAGCUCGCCCUCGUCAACGACGCUACCAUUGACGAGAACUGCGAGAACCUCCAGAUCGACCAGGUUGUCUGCCUCGGUGUCGAGGGCCAGGACUGCACCAAGGUCUACACCGUUGUCGAGGACGACACCUGCGAGGGUAUCAUCUCCAUGUACGGCAUGUCCAAUGACACCCUCUACAACAACAACCCCCAGAUCGACUCGGACUGCACCAACAUUUACAUUGGCGAGGUCCUCUGUGUCGACACUACCGCCUACGACUACCCCGAGUUCAACUCGACCCUCUACCAGUCGGUUUCGGACACCUACCUCCCUUGGUGCGACGAGUUGUAA